AUGGCGGAUUGCGUUUGGUACGACGAAUGUAAUAGUGAAAAUGGAAAAAUACAAAAUUGUCUGGCGAAAGACACGAAACCGAAACCGUUUCGAAACGAAAAUAAAAGCAUGGAAAUCUUACAAGAAAAAUGUUUUCAUUUUUUAAAAAAGCACAAAGGUAAUGAAUUUUGCUGCAGCGAUAAUCAAUUGGAUACGAUGUUGGAAAGCAUGAGUCACGCGAGUAACAUAUUCGGAAGGUGUCCGACGUGCAUGAUAAAUUUAAAUCAACACAUUUGCCACAUGACGUGUUCACCGGAUCAACAUAAAUUUAUGCAAGUCGUCAAAACGUACACGAACAAAGAAGGAAAGGAGUACAUAACGGAAAUCAAUUUUUACAUUGAAGAAGAAUAUGAGCAAAAAACGUUCGACUCUUGUAAAGAAAUAAUAGUGCCAUCGACGGGUGGAAAAGCCAUCGAUAUUUCCUGCGGGAUCGUGAGUCCUACAAAUCCAUGCACUCCCGACAAAUGGUUUAAAUUUUUUGGAGAUUUCAACGAAAACAUCGUCGCACCUUUCGACAUCAAUUACGUAACGACACCCUCGAACGGAUACGAAACGUUAAAUAUCCACGAUGACGUACUUCCGUGCAACGAAUCUUACGAAUCAUCGAAGGCAUGCAGUUGUAACGAUUGCGAAUCGAGUUGUACCGUACCGUUUGUUUACUCGGAACCACCCGCGCCUUUUCUAAUCGGAAACAUGGAUGGAAUCCUUUUCAUAUUAAACGUGACUUUCGGGAUUUUGGGCGUCGCCACAUUCGUACUUUUAAUACGUUUUCAUUAUUUCACAAAACACGAGGAAGAAUUCCGAAAUUCCCAUUUGGGGGAAGAAGACAAAACAACCGAUGACGACGGCGACAAAUUGAAAAAAAAUCUCGGGGAUAAAUUAAAGGAAAAUUUGGAAAAAUUCUUUACGAAAUGGGGAAUCGGUUGUUCUAAAAGACCCGUCGUAAUUUUAUUCGCAUCCUCGUGGAUCGUCGUCGGUCUUUGUCACGGUGCCUUAAAUUUAAAAAUAACGACCGAACCUACGGAAAUAUGGGCAUCCCCCGAUUCUCCAACUCGUUUGGAUAAAAAUUAUUUCGACACGAGAUUCGCGCCAUUUUACAGAACGAAUCAAAUAUUCAUCAAAACGAAAGGUUUGAAAAAUUUCAAAUGGAUUUCGCCGUUUGAUGAUAAUUUCACCGUGGAAUUCGGACCCGCUUUCAAUUUCCAAUUUCUAGAACAAGUUUACAAAUUGCAAAUGAACGUGCAAAAUCUCGCAUCGGACAAAGAUUACAAUUUGAAAAAUAUUUGUUUCGCACCCGUGAAAAAUGAAUUUUUCAACGAGGACACCGUCGAUUAUUGCACCGUUCAAAGCGUUUGGGGAUACCUUCAAAACGACAUCGAGAGGUAUAGAAACGACACAGAUGCUUUGUACAACAAAUUACAAAAAUGCCUGAGAAAUAAUUUCGAUCCCGAUUGUCUCGCACCUUUCGGAGGACCCAUUUUUUCUCCCCUCGCCGUCGGGGGUCACCGUGACAAAAAAAAUCAAAGUCGAGAGGACGUACCUGACAAUUACCUUCUCGCGACCGGACUUUCCUUAACGUUUUUACUAAACAACGGAAAUCAUUUGACGACGUCAUCGAAAGCACUCAAAUGGGAAAAAACGUUUAUCGAAUACCUGAAAGAAUGGAAAAUUAAUAACAAACCGAAAUUCAUGGAAAUCGCUUUUUCCGCCGAGAGAUCCAUUCAAGACGAAAUAGAAAGAGAAUCGCACGCGGAAAUGCUAACCGUCAUAAUAAGUUAUUUGGUCAUGUUUUUAUACAUAACGAUAUCAUUGGGAAAAUUGACCAAAUUUUCUUCUCUAUUGUUAGAAACGAAAUUCACUCUCGGACUCGGUGGAAUUCUAAUAGUUUUAACAUCCGUAUUAUCAUCGUUGGGAAUUUUUUCCUAUUUGGGAGUUUCGACAACUUUACUAACGAUCGAAGUGAUACCGUUUUUGAUACUCGCCGUCGGCGUCGACAACAUUUUCAUAUUGGUUCACACGUAUCAAAAAUGCAAAUCCUACGGGAAAAAUGCGACCGUUGAACAAGAUAUUGGAAAAGCGUUGGGAAAAGUCGGACCAUCUAUACUACUUUCGAGCUUGUCGGAAGCUGCUUGUUUUUCCAUCGGUACGCUCUCCAACAUGCCGGCUAUAAAAACAUUCGCACAAUACUCAUCCGUCGCAAUCAUUUUAAAUUUUCUACUACAAAUAACUUGUUUCGUCAGCAUUCUAUCACUCGAUUCGAAAAGGGAAAGGAAAAACUACGCCGAUGUAUUUUGUUGCAUAAAAGUCAAAAAAUCAAACAACAGCAACAACAACAAAAAAUCCGACAGCAUUUUAUAUUACAUAACUAAAAAUUAUUACGUACCGUUUUUAAUGAAAUCAUGGGUUAGAAUAUUUGUCGUCAUGAUGUUUUUGACGUUCUUAUACGGAUCCAUUUAUUUCACGACUCAAAUCGAAAAAGGUUUAGAUCAAGAAUUAUCCAUGCCUGAAGAUUCUUACGUCAUCGAUUAUUUCAAGUUCAUGAAAGAUUUGUUAUCCGUCGGUCCCCCCGUUUAUUUCGUCAUACAAAACGACAUAAAUUUCACGUCUACGAAAGAAGUGAAUGCGAUUUGCGGAACCGUGGGUUGCGACAGCGAUUCCUUCGUGACUUAUUUAAGCAAAGCGUCCAAACAUUCAAACGUGUCGUAUUUGGCAAAAUCUCCAUCGUCGUGGAUCGACGAUUAUUUCGAUUGGUUAUCGAAUUCGAAUUCGUGUUGCAAAGAAUUCAAAGUCAAUUCUUCGUUUUGCCCGCAUCAAAGAGAGGAAGGCUGUCAAAGUUGUCAAAUUCAUCUCGUCGAUUGGAGACCCACGAAAAAUGAUUUUAAAAAAUAUUUACCUUAUUUUUUAAACGAUAAUCCUGAUGUGAAUUGCGUCAAAGGAGGUCAUCCCCUUUAUUCCACGGGAGUCAAUUUCGAAUACGACACGACUGGAGAAUUGGUGGUCAAAGAUAAUUAUUUCAUGUCUUAUCACACGUCUUUGAAAACAUCAAAAGAUUUUUACAUGGCUUUGGAAAAUUCCAAAAACAUAGCACGUCACUUAUCCGAAAUUCUAACGGGAAAAUUAAAUCGAACCAUUCAAGUUUUUCCAUAUAGCAUUUUCUACGUUUUUUACGAGCAAUAUUUAAACAUAGUCGAAGACGCUCUCGUGUCACUCGGCUUAUCACUUUUGGCCAUUUUUUCCGUCACUUUUUUAUUCACGGGUUUCGAUUUGAAAUCAUCAUUAUUAUUAUGUUUAACCGUUUCAUCGAUACUCGUUUCAAUGACCGGAAUGUUACACUGGUGGAACAUAACGUUAAAUGCCAUUUCCUUAGUCAAUUUAUUAGUGUCCGUCGGAAUCGGCGUUGAAUUUUGCAGUCACAUUUUACACGCGUUUAAAACGAGUCGUGAAAAAACGAGAAUUUUAAAAGCAUCCGAUGCCGUCACCGUCAUGGGUACCUCCGUAUUUUCCGGGAUAACCCUAACGAAAUUUUUAGGGAUUAUCGUAUUGGCAUUCGCUCAAACUCUCAUGUUGAGAACUUUUUAUUUUAAAAUGUAUUUGGGUAUCGUACUCAUCGGAGCUAUUCACGGCCUUAUUUUAUUACCCGUACUAUUGAGUUACGUGGGAUGA